CGAAGAAGUGCGCGCUGCUCUACUACAGUAAGAGCCUGGUGACGGUCGCGAUCGCGGUCAUGACCACGAUCUCGAUGGUGACCGCGCUGCUCCUCUCCAGGCGCUGAACCUGCGCGCAUCGGACUCGGCGCCGUGGGUCCGCGUGGCUCCGCGUGGCGGAGGACGGAAGGUGGGGAGAUCCUGCAUCACUUAGUUUCAGGAAGUCGUGAGUGUGGAGAUCGGGGGCAGAUCGGGAGGAGGAGGAGUGCGAGUGGGGCAGUUGGAGCGGCGGAGAGAGAGAGGAGCAGCUCACGAGGACCGGGCUUCCGCGACGGCGUUGAGGAUGCCACGCAGCGUCGGAACUGAACUCUCCGGAAGACGCGCUGCUCCAAUGAUCUGUGCCGCAUCCGCUCUCUGGCUGCUCGACAGGAUAAGGAAAAGUCCGUCGUCAUCGGUGCCCUCGCUUUCUCUGUCUUAGUCUUGGCUCCUGCGGGCUGCCCGGGAGAGAGGGAGGCGAAAGCCGCACGCGCACGCUUCCUGCGGGAAGAUGAGCAUGCUGUCCGCCAUCGUCAGGUUUGAGAACCUGCAUGAGCUGCGGAGGCUUUGCCACUGGGGGCCGAUCAUCGCCUUGUCCGUCGUCGGCGUGUGCUCCACCGUGGCCAUCCUGGACUCGAUCAUCUGGUUCUGGCCGCUGGACAGCACAGGCGGGAGCGUCAACUUCAUCAUGCUCAUCAACUGGACCGUCCUCAUCCUCUACAACUACUUCAACGCCAUGUUCGUGGGCCCCGGCUACAUCCCCCUGGGCUGGAAGCCGGAGAACCCUCAGGACACCUUGUACCUGCAGUUCUGCCGAGUGUGCCGGGGAUACAAAGCGCCGAGAUCCCACCACUGCCGCAAGUGUAACAGGUGCGUGAUGAAGAUGGACCACCACUGCCCCUGGAUCAAUAACUGCUGCGGUCACCUGAACCACGCCUACUUCACGAGCUUCCUGCUGCUGGCUCCGCUCGGCUGCAUCCACGCGGCCUUCAUCUUCGUCAUGACCAUGUACACCCAGCUCUACGACCGGAUAUCGUUUGGCUGGAGCUCAGUGAAGAUCGACAUGAGUGCCAUAAGGCGCAGUCACCAUCCCAUCAUGCCUUUCAGCAUCUCGGCCUUUGCGGCCACGCUCUUUGCCUUGGGCCUGGCGUUGGGUACCACCAUCGCUGUUGGGAUGCUGUUCUUCAUACAGAUGAAAGUGAUCCUGAGGAACAAAACGUCGAUCGAGGUGUGGAUUGAGGAGAAGGCUAGAGACCGGAUCCAGUACUACCAGACGGGGGAGGAGUUCAUCUUCCCGUACGACCUGGGCGGCAGGUGGGAGAACUUCAAGCAAGUGUUCACGUGGUCGGGGGUCCCUGAAGGAGACGGCAUCGAGUGGCCUGUGCACGAGAAGUGCCACCAACACACCCUCACGAUUGAACAACUGAAACAGAAAGCUGACAAGCGGGUUCGAAGUGUUCAGUACCGAGUCAUCGAGGACUACAAUGGCGCCUGCUGUCCAGUUGGGAAGGGCUUCAGGACCUUCAUUCGAACCCCUUGCACAGAGGAGCCCAGGAUUCCGCUGACCCGAGGAGAGACCAUAUUCGCCACCAGGGGCACUAAGUGGUGGAUGUACGGAGACAAGGUUCUGGAAGAAGAGCAGACCCAAGCCGGUGGGCGCAUACGAGGGUGGUUCCCGCGGAGGUGUGUGGAGAAAUGUCUGUAUGACUCCGCAAACAGCCCCCCCGCGGACGGCGCUAAGAAGGAUAACUGACGCUUGCGGAGACGACCAUGCUGGGAGGCGGUUCGGUCCGAGGAGGAUGGUGUCCCCCGGGGGGCGGGAUUUCUACCUGCUUUGUGUUGGAAACGCCUUUCGACUCGAACCUGUUCUUUUCAGGCUCCGGUAUCGUUGGUUAUGCAUUACUGUGGUUGUGUGGAACAGGCUCUUGUCAUGACAUCACUGUAUGUUUUUGUACAGUAGAAAUGACACUUUUAUUUUAAUAUAUUUUAUAAUGAUGUCACCUGCACUCUUGAUUCCAGAAAUAAAUGACCCCCAAACGAC